AUGAAUUUUAAUUAAAACGACAAUAAUGGAUCUCUUUAUCAUAAUGACUUCUUUAAAAACAGUAAUCCAUUCGAUUCAAAAGAAACGGUUGUUGAAAAUGAAAUCUAAAACAAAGAAUAUUUCAAUUAGCAGUUGCCAUCAACAUCAACUAGCACUAUGAUAAGUUGUCAAUAUGAAAUUUUCAAUUUCUCAGUCGAUGAUUUUCUAACAUUUAACUAAAUCAAUUGCUAUAAUCAUCAGGAUUCCCUCUUAAGCCCUACAAACAAAAAUUCUUUUUAUUCUAAUCAAAUUUCGCUUUACUCAGAGGAUUUAGACUUUAAUAAACAUUUUGAGGAAACAAAGCAAAAAGAGAUAUAAUCUUAAUAAAAUUAAUAUCAAGAAUACGAGAGCAACUUUAGAAUAUAAUCCCAACAUAUCCAAAAUGAACAAAUUUUAUCAGUUUCUUAUCAAAGGUCACUUGAUUCUUAGUAAGACUAUUGCAGUCUAGCUCAGAACCAAGGCGAUACUGAGACCGAAGAAAAUGAUGAUAAUGAUCAUUAACCCAUUACUUAAAGUAAGGGAAAAAAGAGAGGCCCUCCUUUCAAGGAUAUUAAUAUUGAAAUUGAAAAUAUUGAUCAGCUACCAGAUAAAAAAUCACACUGCAUUAAAAAUGUCAGGUGCAUUGCUAGAUUCUUCAGGCAACAUUUAAGUAUUAGAAAAGUCUAGUUGAAAGAAGAAUUUGCCAGAAAAAUUAGAAUUCAUUUCAAAAAUGAAUCCCCAGCAUUAAUAAUAAAAACCAUAGAAAAUGAUCUGAAGUAUUGCAAGAGUCCUGUUGAGGAGAAUAAAAUAUUUAAUCGACCCUUCAAAAAGGACCGAGUCAUUGUAACAAAUGACAACAUCAGCAUUUUAGGAAGACUUUGCUAUAGAUACAAAUUCGCUUCCGAGAUAAAGUUCUUCCAGAAUCCUAUUUAUAAAUUCUUAUUCAUAGAUAGCAUGAAAUCCAUCAGGAAAGAGUUCAAAGGUCAGGUUGAUAUUUUGAAAACAUUAGAGAGUAUAAUAAAACUUCACUUUUGA